UUUGCAUAAAUUGAAUUUUGGUUUUGUCAAUAGAGAAACGAAAAAAUAAAAAAUAAAAAAAAACGUACAAAUAAUUUUCAAACAUAGUUUCUACAAUAAAUGAAAAACACUUCUUAAACGAUAAACGCUGCCCUACAGUCGAGUGGAAAAAACAUCGUAAAUACAACGGACGACAAGUGUCGUCAUCAUCGGAAACGGUAAAUCCGUCUAUAUGUAAACGACUGAAGAAAAUUUGAAUCGCAGUCUGCUGAAUAAACAAUUUGACAUUUGGCAUUAAUCCAGAUACAACAGCAGUGAUAAUGACCAUGUCGCACCUCUUCAAUGCCAUAAUUUGGAAAGAAAUUCACUUGGAAAUCUAAUUCGACCGACGUCGAUGUCUCAUGAAUCCAGAACCAGAACAAACGAUUAACAAUUCUUUUUUCUUUGCCAAAUGAAAAAAUUAAGCUGAAUUUGCUGAUUAAAUGAGAAUAAUUCAAUUGUGAACGAAAACAAAGAAGAAGAAAAAUACGAAUAAGAAGAAGAUACUCAACAGAAUAAAUACCACCGAAUAUAAUACAAUUUAAAUUUAAAAAAAAAUAAUAACAAUGUACAAAAACGAUGAAAGAAAAUUGAUCGCAACAAAAACAAGAAAACUAAAGUGAUUUUUAGUUGUAAAUGCAAAUGGCAAAUGUCUGUCAGUUGAAUUAAUGUUAAAAUUAAUUUAAAAUUCAACUGAAAGCAACGCUAAUUAGGUGAUAACUGUAAAUUAAUGAGAACACAAGUAAAAAAAUUAAUAAAGAAAAAGGAAACUGUAAAAAGAAAAUAAAGUGAACUGUAUUUUGUAAGCAAGUUCAAAUAUCAAGUGCGCACCGUAAAUUUCAAAUAAAAGAAUUAAAAACAGAGAAUACAGAGACAUUGCUCUCAAAACGGCCACACAAAAUUUAAAAUUUGUAAAAAAAUUGAAAAAAGGCAUGAACGGCCUCAUGUGAUGCAUCGUUUUACAUAGAUGGAAUAUAGCGUUAUUGAUAAAAAUGCAAAUUUUCAUAGUGUGCAAUAAUCUCAGACUUCUCAUUUAUGGAUUACUGUUCGUGACACAUUGUCAUGCAGGAAGGAUAUUUGAUGUGACUAAUAUACCAAUAAAAAGUUUUGUUGCCGAAGCUGGUAAAAAUGUUACUUUACCAUGUCCAGGAGUAAAUGAGCAAUCGCUAGUGAACGCCUUGAAAUGGAGAACAACUACAACGAUUGCCCACUAUUCGAACGGAAUACCACUUGUACACAAUCACAGAAUGACGCUCUCACCCCAAGAUUUUAGUUUACAAUUUCAUCCGGCAUUAUCAACAGACACUGCCGAGUAUAUUUGUCUAGUCAACGAUCGGCACUCGCCAGAAGCCAUUAUCGAUUUAUUAGUACAAGAUGUUCCUGAUGCACCGGAGCGACCAUUGAUUACAAGUUUUACGUCUCGCUCAAUGAAUUUAUCUUGGGCCCAUUCCCAAGAGCCGCGCAAUGCACGUGUGACGCAUUUUCUAGUUGAGACCAGGGUUGGAGAAAAUGGACCCUGGGAUCAGGUGCCACAAAUUAAUACCAAAUCAAAUAUCACAUCGUAUCAGGUAACCGGUUUGAUACCAUUUACGGUCUACAGCUUUCGACUACGUGCUGUUAAUAAAUUAGGUAUUAGCGCUCCGUCCAAGGAAUCAUAUUAUAUUGUAUCAUUAAGAGAAGUUCCCAUUGGACGCCCUAUAACUACUAUCGCCCACAAUACAUCGUCUAGUUCGAUUUACAUAUCAUGGAAACCGCCGCCGGCCGAUACAAUAUUAGGCGAAUUCCUUGGCUAUCGCAUAACGUACCGCGUCCGUGAGAGGCACAAUGACACAACCGAAGAGAUCUAUAUAAGAGACAGCAGCGUUGAGAGCCACGAAAUUCAUAACCUGGAAACCUACACACAAUAUCUUGUGUCAUUGCAAGUAUUCAACCCAGAGGGACCAGGUCCAGCUACAACUGUGCUCGUGAUGACUGACGAAGGAGUGCCAAGUAAGCCGCUCAAUUUGACAGUAUUAGAAGUGACAUCAACUACAAUAACAAUUGGAUGGCGCGAUCCAGAAAAUUUGAAUGGUGCAAUUGUGGGAUAUCGCGUCUUUUACAUUCAUCAAAAUCAAACGUAUUUUGCUACAGUACGCAGUGGCACCGGUGCUGGUGAAAUGAUCAGAUAUGAUUUAUGCGAUCUUAAGCCAUAUUCGGAAUACAAAAUCACGGUGAAAGCAUUUACAUGGAAAAAUGAAGGCGAAGCAUCCGAUGCGGUCACACAACGAACGGAUAUCAGUGGCCCAAGCGCACCCAUUGUUUCUAAUUUAACCUGUCACAAUCUCGACGCAUUGUAUUUGAGGUGGAAACGACCCGCCGAAUAUUACAACACUAUUGAUUACUAUAUUGUUAGUUUUCGAUCCGUUGCACAGCAUGAAUUCCAAGAAAUUAAAAUAAAUGCAUCGGCCAGGCAUUUGGAGACAGCGAUGGUUCUACCUAAUUUAACCACUGACACAUUUUACGAAGUAAAGGUUCGUGCGGCAUCAAUAAGCACCAUUAACACACGACAGGUCAUUUUGGGCUCAUAUUCUGAACCACAGAAGAUUUUGUUACAGCUCAAUUGUGAGAAAAUUCAACCACUACAGCAAAAAACUCCAAAUGAUUACAACUUGGCAAUGAUGGUUGGUGCAUUAUUCAGUUGCUUUGGAAUUAUUUUAAUUCUAUUGGCAUUUGUAUUGUGGCGAAAAUGCUUCCACGCCGCAUACUACUAUUUGGAUGACCCUCCUCCUAAUAAUUGCCAACCGUUAAUUGAUUGGGAUCAACCGGUUGAGGUUGGUGGCGAAAUACGAUCAGCGGUGCCAAUAAAUGAAUUCGCCAAACAUGUUGCUGAAUUGCAUGCUGACGGUGACAUUGGAUUCAGCAAAGAGUAUGAGGCAAUACAAAAUGAAUCAAUUAACGAAGAAUAUCCGUCAGAGCAUUCACAACAUCCCGAUAAUAAACAGAAAAAUCGAUAUUUGAAUAUUAUCGCAUACGAUCACUCACGAGUUCAUUUGCGGCCGCUUGGUCGACAGAAAAAAUCAGUCGAUUACAUAAAUGCAAACUACAUCGAUGGUUAUCAGAAGACGCGUGCAUUCAUUGGAACACAAGGUCCACUUCCAGGUACAUUCGAUUGCUUUUGGCGUAUGAUUUGGGAGCAACGUGUUGCCAUAAUUGUAAUGAUAACGAAUCUGGUUGAACGUGGACGAAGAAAAUGCGAUAUGUAUUGGCCAAAAGAUGGCACCGAAACCUACGGCAUUAUUCAAGUAAAACUCGUACAAGAAGAUGUCAUGGCCACAUACACAGUACGAACAUUUGUAAUAAAACACUUGAAACUUGCAAAGAAGAAUAAAAGCGCCACAGAAAAAACGGUUUAUCAAUAUCAUUACACAAAUUGGCCCGACCAUGGUACGCCCGAUCAUCCAUUGCCCGUUUUAGAUUUUGUCAAAAAAUCAGCGGAAGCAAAUCCGCGUGAUGCAGGUCCAAUUGUUGUACAUUGCAGUGCCGGUGUCGGAAGAACCGGAACCUAUAUUGUGUUAGAUGCAAUGCUAAAACAAAUCGAACACAAAGGUGUACUGAAUGUGUUUGGAUUUUUGCGACAUAUUCGAAAUCAGCGCAACUUUUUAGUGCAAACAGAAGAACAGUACAUCUUUAUUCAUGAUGCGUUGGUUGAAGCGAUAACCAGUGGCGAAAUAAACAUUAAAGCAGAUAUGAUAAUUGAGAUAAAAGACAAUUACAAUUUGCUGGCAACACAUUUUAAGUUAAUUACACAGUUCCAAGCAAAGGAUGUGCACACAGCGUCGGCCAUGAAGCCAGUAAAUGUGUGCAAAAAUCGAAGCUCAUUGUUACCAUUGGAAGGAAGUCGAGUGCAUUUAACCCCACGGCCAGGUGAAGAUGGAAGCGAUUACAUAAAUGCCACUUGGUUACAAGGUUUUCGUCGACUUCGUGAUUUUAUUGUGACACAACAUCCCCUAGUGAACACAAUAAAUGACUUUUGGCAAAUGAUUUGGGAUCAUAAUGUUCAAACAAUUGUGUUACUGUCAUCGCUUGAUGAUAUUUCUUACCAACAAUUUUGGCCAGACGAUUCGCUAACGAUUGAAAGUGACCACUAUAGAAUAAAUUAUAUUUCGAAAAUGAACAAAUGUGACUAUGUGUGUCGUGAUUUUGUGAUGCAAUCGAUACAAGACGAUUAUGAGCUUAACGUACGUAUGUUGCAUUGUCCGAGCUGGCCUGAGUUGGGUCAUCCAUCUAGUAUUUACGAUUUUAUUGUUGACGUGCAUCAGCGUGGCAACGAAUACAGAAACGGUCCCAUUGUUGUUAUCGACAGAUAUGGAGGUACCGAGGCAUGUUCGUUCUGUAUUAUAACAUCGCAAGCAAUGCAAUUGGAAUAUGAUAGCACUGCAAAUGUGUAUACAUAUGCAAAGCUAUAUCACAAUAAGCGUCCUGGCGUAUGGCAAUCGGUUGAUGAUCUCAAACAAAUUUACCGCAUUCUAUCGUAUCUACCAUCUGACCUAACGCUACUGAAAUCAACAGAGAUGCGCACUGAAAUAGAAGAUUGCACAACUGCAACGCCAGAUUUAUACAGUAAAAUUUGUAGUAAUGGUAAUAUUAGCUCUAGUUUGAAUACAACACAAAAUUCAAUUAUAGCAACAAAUGGUGGAACAACGGUCAAAUUGAACGGUGGCAUCAUUAGCAAUGGCAAUAAUGACGAAUUUUCGAUUGUCGUCACCGAACCGGAUAACAUAAACGUUUAAUUUAAUUGUACGAAUCAUCUCGACAUUUUUACCGUACCGUCUUCAAGUCAUUUAUGAAUCUGGUUCUACUUUGAGUUUUCUGUCGUUUGAUUGGAUUGCAUUUUCAAUGCGAAAAGAGUUUUUUUUCUAAACUAUUUUUCACUGCAAAGCAAUAAAUCAAUAAAAAUUAUUAUUAAUCAAUAAUUAUUCGUCCAAAGAAAUUGUUCUGAAAUAAUUCAGAAAUCGCAUUCGUUUUCGCGAUAAACUUUUCAUUUCCAAUUUUAAAAUGACAGAUGCUUAAAUUUCAAUUGAAUUAAAUUAAUUUAAAUCAAAUUGAUUAAACUCCAUACGCCAUUUCGAUGAUCGAUUUUCGAAUAAAAUUCCAAAAUCAUAAAAUAGUUGCGCAGAAAUGAACUGAAAGUAGACAAGAUCGAACGAGCAAACGUUUAGUUGGAUUGAGUCAUAUAAUUAAAACAAGAUACACAUUUAUGGCGAAAAAAAAAUAAAAAGAAAAAAAACAAGACGAACGAAUGAAUGAAUGAACGAAUAAAUGGAUAAAUAAAAUACUCUUUGCGGGCGUUUUUUUUAAAUGAUGCACUAUUAUUUUUCGAAAAGACUGGUUUUUCUACAAUUUUUUAUGAUUAUUAACUAAAAUAAACGAAAAUUAAUUCACACGUUACAGGAUUGAGCCUUCAUUUUAUAUGCCAGCAUAUAUUUGUGCAACAACUGUUUUGAAGGCAAAUUCGAACGAAAUAAAAUGCAGUAAAUAGUUUAAUUCUAGCAGAUGAAAAUGAAUUUUGAUCAGCUUAAAGCCAAAUCAACGCCACCAUGUUUCCAUUUAACUCUCUUUGUAUAAUUUGUGUUGUUGUCAUUUUCAAUUCAAGUUCAAUGUACAUUUUUCUCGUUUGUUCAGUUUUUCCCUAUUUUAUUCACUUUCUCGAUAAAUCGAUGUAAUUGUACAACAAGAUAAUGUAAUAUAAUGUGCAAAUUUGAUUCUUAAUUGAUUUAUUUCAAAACAUUUUGACAUUUUGAACGAAUGACUUUUCACUUGCUGGAAUUAAUUCCGUACAUUGCUACAAUUUUAUAGAGUCGUAUUUUAUCUGGUGUGCGUACUUCAUUUUCAUUAUUUCAUUGCCAUUGCACCGUAUGUUCCUCAUUUGUUUUAUGCAUCCCAUAGUCUCCUGCAAAAAAAUAAUUGAAAUCAUUACAUUUAAAAAAAAACACACACACACGGAAUAAUUGUGUUUUAUUCAAACGAAAAACAGUCAUCAAAACCUUGAAUUCUGUUUGAAAAACUAUAGAAAUAUAUGAUAAAAUGAUACACAAAGAACAUGUAACAGAAUUUAAACAAAAAAAAAAAACUUUCUCUACUAUGUAAAAUAUCGAUAAUAAGAUAAAGUACAUGAAAUAUUAUUGUACGUAAAUUUAAUAAAAGUAAAAAUUAAUUAGUGUUUUAACAAAAAAAAAUUCCAUCAAAAAAAUCACCGCAAAAUAGAAAAAAAACAUUUUCUUUUGCAAAAAAGCAAACAUUUUAAUGACUAAAAAUUAAAUUUAAAAGAAUAACGCAAAAUGUGUGAAAUGUGAGUUUUAGCAACAGAGAGACCGAAAAGAAUAGGGAAAGCGACAACAAAUGUGUGUAUGAACACAAGUAUAAACAAACAAACAAAUAUUAGAUUAACAAUUGCGAACUAUAUUCGCAAACAAAAAAAAAUCACAUUAAAUAAUAAAUUUAUUGAAAUAAUCGUAGUGAAAUACAUGUGAUUCAAUGAAAAUGUAUAUGAAUUGAACCCACUAUCUCAUUUUAACAAAUAUUUACAGCACAAUUCCAACGAAAAUACCACAAAACAUAAAUACUGUACUGUUAUUUUCAAUCAUGUUUUGAAUUUCGUUUUGUCUCUCUUGCGGCUCGAUUCGAAUCAAUAAACCUGAACAAAAGUUGAGCAGCAUGCGAAAUGAAAUUCAAAAUAAGAUAUAUAUAUCUAGUCUUAUACGAUUUUGUGCGAAUACGAUAUCGUUGGACAAUCCAAGACGAAUCAAUUUUACAUGUAAAACCAAAAUUUAAACAAAACAAAAACUAUAUAUAUAUUUAAUGAAUAAAAUCGGCUGAAGCAAUGAACAAUCUUGGAUUCCAUUCAAAACCCUUGAAUGCACGAAAUGCAUUGAAUACAUCACUGAAAUCAAUUCAAUAUAUUUUCAAUGAUUUGGAAUCUAUUCUAUAUGGAGAAUGGAUUAUCCUUUUGAUUUUGAAGAGUUUUUUUUUAAACACACAUUUUUACCAUCUUUUACAAUAUUCGUACAUGUGUAAAAUAUGUUAUUUAUGCCGAUGAAAUUAUAAUAUAUUAAUACCACGUAGUUGCCAUCAACAUAUGAUAAACUGCAAACAGAGUUUCUGAAGUGCGCGUAAAGGUUGCAAUUAAUAAACCCAACGAAAUGAUCUUCUGAAUUGAACCAGUGAAAACAUUACAAAGUGUUAGCCCGUAAAGCCCGUUAUAGUAAUAUUGGAAGAAGAGCAAGUGUCCAUUUACCCCCUUCCAUCUAUGGAAUGCAUUUCCUUUGAACGAUAAUUCAAUGGGAUUUGGAAAAAACGUCUUUCAUCAUUCGAAAGUUUUUUUUUCCGGUGAAACUCUUGAAAAUCACUGACAAAGAUUUACUGCACAAAAAUCUCAUUGAAUUUUUAGUGGGGGAAAAACAUUCUUUGGCUCGAAUACAUUGCUUCUAACCUAAUUAUAGCUGUGUAGUUGAAUUGAAUAACUGCAAAAUGUAGUUAUAUUUCCUAAAAGAGAAACAUUGGUAUCCCACUCAUUUAAGAAACUUCACAAAAAUUAUUGUCAAAUAGAGAUUUUUGUUCAUUUCUGAUUUGAUUUAGUGUGGUGAAUUUAGUUUAAAUUAAUUACAUUUUUUUUAAAUAUUUUAUUGUGUUUAUAGUGGAAUCAAUAAAUUUCUCAAUGGAUGCAUAAUUAGAACUGUUUCCAAUACUUUUUUCAAUUUGAAAUUUAAAACUUCAAAAAAAAAAGUUCCGAAAAAUGUAAUUGGUUUUGACGAAAUUUACGAAGUCAAUUGUAAAACAGUGUAUAAUUUGAUAAUGUUUGCAAAGUGUUGCACUUUAGGUCUCAUAUUCAAAUGAAAAUCACAUUUUUCGAUUUUAUUUUUUCUUCAAAGAACUAGUCUGGAAUCAUGAACUUCCGAAUCAUUUUCGAAAACAUUAAAUGGUUUGGAAUGUUGAAGUCAUCGAAGACUGAAUAUGUCUUAAUAUUAAAACAUAUAUUUAACCAAUAAACAACAGUUUUUGCAAAUAUUCUAAAACAACAAAAUAUCAAAACACACAACAGUUUCACAAACAACAAAAAUCACCAAUGUUCAUUUAAAAUAAUAAACAAAACCAACACAACAUGUGACCAAACACCAUUUUUAUUCGAAUAAAUUUAAUAUAUUGAACAACAGUUUUAAGAUGAACUAUUUUGGUAAUGUAAAAAAAAACAACAAUAACAAAAACUUGUUUCCAAAAAUGUUAGCAGCAAAAUCUAUCAAUUAAUUUUUCAACCGAAUUUAUUUCGAUUAUUUAUAAUUCGAUCUUUUUUUUACAUUUACGUAGCCCAAUUCAAUGCACAUAUACAAUAAAAUGGAUAGUUGGAUUUUGUUAAUAACAAAACAGUGAAAAAUGAACGUUUGAAAAUGCGAUAAAUUUCUAUAACAAAAUUAAACACCAUCGCAAGUAAUUUUCUGUUCAAAUUUUGAAUAUUGAAUAAAACAAGCAUGAAUUUCACAAAUAACAAUAAUUUCUAUGGCAAUCAAAUAGAAGCUUCAAAUAAAAAUGCAAUAGUCUUGUUUUAAUUCAAUCUGAACCAGCACCGAUCUUAGUUAUUUCAGUACAUAUGACCAUGUAAAUAUAAACAUAAACAUAAUUUAUGUGUGCACGCAAAUCGUGACGAGUAUGUAUGGGCCCUAUGGGGAGUAUAAUUUUUUAGUUACUCAUAAACGUAUAUUUGUUAAAAUUGAUAUGAAAGCAAAUUAGAUGGAAAAAUAAAAUGAAUUAAAGAACAAUUUAACUUUAGUUUCUAAGAAAUAAGGACAGAAAAGUGAAUUCAUAUUAUGCAUUUAAGGGACAGACGACAAAAGAUGUAAAAACAAAAACAUUUGCAAACUCAAAAUUAGUGGACAUUAAAUGCCGUUUCAAAUGGAAACCAUGAAAAUAGGUAAUUCCGAUUAUGGAAAUUAUUUGUCACACAACAGAUAGACGAAAAUAUACUUACAAUCUCACAUUAUACACGUAAAUUGUAGCCGUGUAAAAUUAAAAACUGAAUAAAUAAUAAAUAUUUGCUUUUAACAUUA